AUGCAUUUAGGGCUCGGAUUUGGUUACGACGCAAGUUUCAAUCACAAGAUCGUAAGAAUAGCGUAUCCUUCGAUCAAAACUCAUCCGGGAUUCCCAGCUAAGGUAGGAUUAUACGAUCUAAGUAAGGAUAAUUGGAGAAGCAUCGAUGCCGGUCCGCUCAUACCUUACUUCAUCAGUGACUUCUCGCCACAAGCUUUUACUCAUGGUGCUAUACAUUGGAUUGCAUUCACUUGCAAUGACAGUAUCCAUGACAAACUCCCCAAUUUGAUCAUGUUGUUUGACAUGGAGAAUGAAGUUUUUAAAGAGAUGGAAGUGCCGGAUAUCUUAGGUAAGGAGCAUGAGUACAACCUCUCUGUUGGUGCAUAUGAUGAUACAGUCUGUGUCAUGCAAUAUAAUCAAUGGAGUCGUGAUGGAUGGAAUAAGGGGAGUCAUUGUUCAAUUUGGGUAAUGAAAGAAUAUGGUGAAUCAAAAUCAUGGGUGAAGCAAUUCAAUAUUGAUCUUGGAAUGCAUAAGGUGGUAUGUUUUAGAGGUAAUGGUGAGGCUGUGGUGGCUUUAAAUGAUGGAAAGUUAGCAUCUUAUGACCUUAAUCGCAAAAGAAUUAGUGAUCUUGGAAUCACUGGCAACAGGUCCUACUUCUUUGCUGGUGCAUACGUGGAGAGUUUGUUUCUUCUUCUCACUCGGGGAUAA